AGUGCUGAGGCCAAGCAAACCGCCGUCGUGACCGCCGGCAGGUUCAUUUUUCUGUGUUUUCAUUGGCUCAGCUGCGAAGUGAGCCGUGUACGAGCCGCUCCCAGCGUCCAGCCUGGAGAACAGGGUCCCUCUGGCAGCGCCCGUGGGAGAACAGGGCCAGAAGUAAAAGGUCCCUCCCCAUCUUCAAAACAGUCCUGGAUUCUGAGCCUGCCAUCCAAGAAACUCAGGAGGAGAGGCUGGCAGCUUCUGCGUCCCUCGCCACCCUGGGAAAGGACCCAGCAUGUCUCAGGCCACCAAGAGGAAGCAUGUGGUGAAGGAGGUGCUGGGGGAACAUAUGGUACCUUCUGACCAGCAGCAGAUCGUGAGGGUACUCAGGACCCCAGGGAACAAUCUGCAUGAAGUGGAGACAGCCCAGGGGCAGCGCUUCCUGGUGAGCAUGCCCUCCAAAUACCGCAAGAACAUCUGGAUCAAGAGAGGGGACUUUCUCAUUGUCGACCCUAUUGAAGAGGGAGAAAAGGUGAAGGCUGAGAUCUCCUUUGUGCUCUGCAAAGACCAUGUGCGCUCUCUGCAGAAGGAUGGACAGUGGCCUGAGGCCUUCUCUGAAGUGGCUGAGAAACAUAACAGGAACAGACAGACUCAGCCAGAACUCCCAGCUGAGCCACAGUCAUCAGGAGAAGAGUACAGCUCUGAAGAUGAUUCUGACCUCUUUGUUAACACCAACCGUAGACAGUAUCACGAGAGCGAGGAGGAGAGCGAAGAGGAGGAGGCAGCCUGAGGCCUGAGGACCCACUUCUCCUCUUGCACAGAGACUAGUCCUUCGUUCCUCUGACCUUGGACAUUCCAAGGGUGCUCUGCAGAUCUCCCAUUCCCCCCACCCCACCACCCCACCCCUGGAUCGGGACAAGGCAGGACUCCUCUCUGAACUGACCUAGGAGAAUUAAACCCCUGGUGGGUGAUGACUUGU